AUGGCGCCCGUGGCCACCAGGUCCUCUGGCGCGCCGGGCUCCGCGGGGCUGGCCCACGAGCUGUUGAGCGAUGCAUUGGGGCCGCGGGGGGACUCGGGUGUGGGGAAGCUGCUCGCAGGCUCUGGGCUCAGGGCCAUCUGUGCCGCCUCACGCGGGGCUUGGGGCCGGGUGUGCUGCGGGGGCAUCUGUGGGCCACGGGCUCGCGCUGCAGGAGAAGAUGCCCAUCAAGAUACAGGCGAGGCACCCCUCCAGCGUGAGGGCGCGGUUCCCACGGGGCGGGGCCUGGGGAGGGACCGGGCUCAGCCUGGAGACCCUCUGUUCAGAGCUCUGUCUUCUUUCCUGGCUCUCCACGAAGACCAGGGAGCCACCCGGACCAGCUGCCCCAAGAGCGCCCCCACCCUGGGCCUCCAUGCAAGUCGAGGGGCUUCUGGGGCGGACUGGGCUUUUCUGAGGGGCACGGCAUGGCCAGGCGGCCAGGGGCAGGGGCAACGGUGGGCAGAGCUGGGAGCUGGAGCCUGGAGCCCCGCCCAGGCCUCUGUUUCUCACCUGCAAGAGCGGGCCUCCCCUACCUAUAGCCCUUUCUCCGUGUUUCUCCUGCACAUUUUAAAAGUACGUUUGGCUCAGAUGGCAAAAGUAGAACCUGCUGACUCCAAGAGUUCAAAAAAGAAAGCCCUGUAAUGUCCACUUGUCCGCCUCAUGCCGGACACUAAAGUGACUCGGACUGUGGGCCUGCACGGGGCUGAGUCAGUCAUCUGCUGAGCUUCUGGACAAACAGGAGAACACCCGUGCGACCCUGGGGAGGCAGAGACCCCUCCAAACACACCAAGAACCCGCACAAUGAACGAGACGACCGGUGGCCCCCACUGAGGGAGCAAAAGUGUGAGCCGGGGCCUGGGAGAAGGCCAGACAAAGAACCCGUCACCGAGAUACAUGGAAAACUGCGGAAAGAAGCUUUGAACAGUAUCUUCUCAAAAGAAGACGUCAAAAGGCUGAGAAGCAAAUGAAAAGAUGCUCAAAAGAUCAGAGCCCUGGGCAGUCGGGGUGCCAGGGAAAGAAAUGCUCCCCGCUCCCCGCAGAGAAGACGAGGCAUCCUGCAUCUUCCAGCAAGGGGGACGCCCAGGGAGCCCAGGACUCCUCACUGAGAGACGGACCCCCAGCCCGGCAGCUCCUGGCCUGGGAGUGUCCAUGUCGCCUGUGGAAGCAGUUGGACAAGUGGACUCACAGACAGCUCUUGCUCUCAUCCUCUCCCUCCGUGGGCAGGUGAUUCAGGCCGAUAGACAGCUCAUCUGCUGCCCCUGGUCCAGACACCCCAUGGCCCAGGACGUGCCCUGGUCACUAGGGAAACCUGCAAAAACACAGCCCAGGGUCACCAAACAGCCCCCAGAGCCACGGACCAGGACAUACGAUGACCAAAGACCAAGCACAGCAUCCACGAGCAGGAUGCUCAUCAGCCUGACCACAGACUCGUCAAAAAGGCGGGUCCUGUCACCGCCCACCCCCCUGCGCCUCCUCUCACCCCAGAAAGCGUCUGGGGAAGAACAGACCCUGUGGGCAACUAAGGGACCAGUGGCCUCCCUGCCUCCUUGAAGGGCCCUCGGGGCUGAACACGGCUGCUUCCUCCAGCCCCAGUGUGACCCCCUCAGGCUGGGCGAUCUGCAGGAAAGGAAGACUCGAUGAUUUAGGAUCUGCAGACUCACUUCUGAAAGAUACAUGAGGAAGAGUGGUCUCAAAAACCAGUAAAAGGGCCUUACUGCUCCUGUUAAUCCCUGCUGCAGCAGUGAGACUCCAGGGAGUGGACGCUGGGAAGGACGUGGCCCACCCUUGAAUCACUGGAAGCCAGAGACCACCACUGCCAACCUGUGGAAACCUCCAUGUUGGUUGGACAUGUACAAGCAGCUGCCAAUUACAAACUCCUUCCCUGCCCACAGCACCCGGUGCUCAGCCUCGCUGCCUUCCCCCAUCGGUCUUUGGAGCCCGGGGCUGGGGACAGUCAUGAGUGCCUCUGUUCUGUGAAUGUUACUGGGAUCCUUUACACGUGGGUUAGCCUGUAGAUUUUUUUUUUAAAUCUCAGGUGUAUAUGGUUCUUCUGCCCUGGCUGGUGUGGCUCAGUGGAUUGAGUGUCAGCCUACGAACCAAGGGUCUCCGGUUCAAUUCCCAUCAGGGCACAUGCCUGGGUUGUGGGCCAGGUCCCCACUGGGGGGCAGCAACCACACAUUGCUGUUUCUCUCCCUUUCUAAAA